GGAAGAGCUCACCAGCCAAGAAACGUAAAGCUGUCUAGAUGGCUGGUCUCAGACGAUCCUGCAGGUAAAGAAGCUGAAUGUGGAGGUCCUGGGCUGGCGUGGUUACACGUGGUCUGCAGUUGUGAGGCCGGCUGGACGUACUGAGAAAUUUUCGAAAAUUAUAUUGGGAGGUGGCUUAUGGCAAGAAAAACGACUCAAAACCAGGGAAGUCAGACCAGCGUGCAGCAUUGGACGAGAGAACCAGCAAAGACACCCGGGGACACCACCACGAGGAAGAAGAGGAGCAUGGGAGAAGUGAAGAGUGACGAGCAAAACAGUGUGGCGGAGGAGUCAGAAGUGAAGGCUGAGGUGGACACAACUCCUCCUACAACAAAGAGUGAAACGACAGACGCUAAGAAGGCAGCACCUACAGAAGCAAAGACUGUGCUCUCUGCCCCAAUAGACUCUGUAGAGGCCGGAGAGGUGGGGGUAAAGAGAACCUCUACCCCGGGCCGAGCGCACUGAUGUUGGGGAGAAGCAAGAGGCUGUCCUGGAGGAGGACACCUCUCCUAUGAAGGUCACUGAUACUCCCACAGAGGUAACUGCCGUGGAGACAGAGGUCCAAUCAGAAACUCCACAGGAUGUAGUGGUGGGGAGCCUAUCAUCUGUCAUGGAGAUGGAACAGAAGACUCAAUCCGAGACACCGUUACCAGACAGCACGUCGUCCAAGAAGAAAAAGAUCAAGAAGUCUAAAACGCCUGUACAGGAGGAAGCGGUAGCAGAACCAGAGACUAAUACAGAUGUGUCGGAGGCUAGUGUGAAAGCCACGGAGACAGAAGACCAGCCUGCUCCAGCUACCCAGGACGGAGAGGCUGCAGAGGGGGCUACAGAGCCAGAGAGCGCCCCUGAGACUGCUACUACUAGCACAACCAAGAGGAAGGGCAGGAGGAAGAGCACCAAGCAGGACCCUGAGGAACAGACCACCGUAGAGGAGGUUGAGACGAAGCCAGAUGCUGUAGAAGAGAUUAUGGCCACCCCACUAAAGAAGACUAGGAGGAAGAAGGCUGAACGGAGUGCUGAGAGCACAAAGGAAGAGGUCGCUGAAACAGACUCAGCACCGGUAGACACGACACCAGCAGGCCCUAAACCAAUGGCCACUCCAGCUGAGGAGCCUCCAGCUGACGUCCGCAUCGCCACCACUUCCCUGAAAAAGAAGAAACUAAAGGCGGCCAAGUUUGAAGAGGAGAGUGUGGAGGUCGAGGGUGAAAUGCAACCAGAAACUGAAACGGCCGUCAUACUUGUAGUCGCUGAGACUGUGCCGGCAGAAGUCGCUACACCAACCCUGCUCAAAAAGAAGACGGCCAAAGCUGAAGAACAGAGCGUGGAGGCCGAGGGUAAAACAAAGACGCGAGCAGACUCCAACCGCACAUUUGUAGACGCUGAGGCGGAGCUUGUAGAGGUUUCCACACCAACUCCGCUCAAGAAGAAAAAGAAGGCAGCGCCGGUAUCUGAGGAGCAGGAGCCAGACACCAUGGCAGUGGAGCAGAGAAGCUGCCCACAAAGGUUGACCUGGAGACUCCCGUGUAGAAGCGGAAGUUCCCGGUAGUGAUUGAGGUCGAGACUGAGGAGCUGGAAGCUGAGGCAGAGGCUGCUAGAGUCAACGACAGCAAAGAGCCGUCUACACCGGUGAACGCCAAGAAAACAAAAAUGAUGAUGCCCAAGAAGGCUAAGGGAGGGGAGGAGGCUGACUUCAUUACGUUCCAGAACCAUGCCACCAUCCCUACACCCAUCUUCUUCAAGAGAGCAAAGGGAAGCCCCAGCACAUCGUUGUCCAGCAAGAAGAAGUGUCAGACUCCAAAAUCUGAAUCCAAGUAGGUUACCUUCGGACUUCAUAAAAACAAAGCUGCAGAAUUCAGGAAGACCGAUCGCAGCCUGCUGGUGAGUCCAGAAGGGUCGUCCAGAGUGCCAUUUGACCCCCAGCAGAAACCCCUGUUUGGAGUGCUGAAGUCCCCAGUGGCCUCUCUUACCAACAGCACCAAGAAGAAGACCAAGAGCAUCCCGAAAGCCAGCCCCAAACGCCCUACUCUGCUGCUGACUUUUUCUAGUCGUCCAUGAGGAGACUGGUGAGACAGAGGACACUUCAUUCUGCAAGAAAAGUUUUGGCUGUUUGGAAAGACAUGACAAGGUGGGCAAAUCAGAAAUGGGCUGACACCUAGGCUAUCAAUCUGUCAACUUGGAUUGAAGUUUGAUUGGCAAGUAGAACGUUUGGAUUGGCAGGCAGCGAUGUGGAUUAUAACCCAUAAGUGGAGACGAGUUGAUUUAUUCAAUGAUGUAGGUCAGACGGUGUACCACUGUACCAAGAAUUGCUGUGGUAAUAAUUUUAUGUCCACGAUAUAGAAGGGUUGAACAACCUGCACUGAUUAGGGGAUUGUAGGGACCAGACAGGCUGUUCAGCCUUGUAGGCUCUGUCUAGGUUCUGUUCAUCAGGAAAUUGAUGAUCCAUUCUGCCAUAUUCAACUCUAAAUUCAUGAGUUCAUCUGAUGAAACAGGUUGAAUAGUAUCAAAUAUUCAGCUAAUAAGAUUCUGAACAAAUAACAGCUGCCUCAUUUCCAUUUUUGUCUCUAAGUUGAAGGUCAAUUCAAAAGCCCAUGGCCAAAUCCUGUUUUUAUGUACCUUAGCACAAACUGAAAAGUUUAUUGCUGUGAUUUGCCCAGUCAGAAUUGUAAUACUGUAUUAAGCAUGGCGUUAGAUGUGCCUCAGCCAAAUGCUGAGGGAGAAGAAGGCAGACCUUACAGGGAAGAAAGAAUAGGGUGGCUUGGGGUUAAACGCACCCCAGGGUUAAACUGUAAUCCUCACAAACCAUUGUCACCACCCCAAAAAAUGCAACUCUUUUCCUGGAUGCCACUAGUUCGUUUUUAUUAAAUAAAACAAAUGUAUUAAUUCUG